UGUUGCAUCCCUUUGAAGAGGUUCAAAGUCUGGACUUAUCCAAGUUUGCUUUCAGUACCUUGUUUAAUAAUAUGGAAGGUGUUAUUCCAAGUUGGAUGGGUGAAUUUACAUCCUUAACUGUGAUACUUCUUUCAAACAACUCGUUGGAAGGUGCCCAGACUAAAAUUGAAUUUGCAACAAAGCAUCGAUAUGAUGCCUACAUGGGUGCAAAUCUCCAAAACUUUUCUGGAUUGGAACUCUCAGAAAAUGAGCUAAGUGGUGAGAUCCCAGUGAAGCUAGGAGGUCUUCUGAAACUACAUGUUCUCAACCUAUCGUACAACUAUUUAUCAGGCGUGAUACCUAGAAGUUUUUCAGGAGUCAUUCCACAGGGAAGACAGUUUAACACCUUUGACAUGCAAAGUUACUUAGGUAAUCCUCUUCUCUGUGGACAACCAACAAACAUAAGUUGUAACGGUAAGGAGCAGGACAACAAUGGAGUGAAAUAUGAUGAAUCCACAAUAGACAUGGUUUCUUUCUACUGGAGUUGUACUGCAGCUUAUGUGACGCUACUUUUUGGAAUACUCGCAUCACUCUCUUUUGAAUCUUCCUGGAGAAGAGCUUGGUUCCUGUGUGUUGUCACGUCUGUAUUCAAAUACUUGCAAGUAUAUGUGUUUGGGAUUAUACCUUCCAUGGAUAUAUAUAAUGAGUUAAGUGCUGAAACCUUCAUAGAUCCUGGAGAUCUUUCUGCUUCGUUGAUGCAAUAA